AAUUUUACCGCCAAAAUGGAACGCUAGUCGACAAAUAAAUGAGCGUGUCGGUAUUGUUAUGCUACGACACUAUUAUCGAUUUACUUAUGAGUGGCGGUUCAUUUAAAUUUCCUUUCGAGAAAAUAAUUUACGCUGUCUGGAAUAUUAUCCUUCUUAUUAAUAAAAUGCUGAAGGCAAUGAACACGAACCGUAAAUUUUUGGCAAUAUUUCUACUCUCAGCCUUGUCGGCUCGAACGGUGCCCGGCGAGUUCUGUGACAAUGGCACUGGCGAGUGCAAGGAGCUAACAGCCACCGACUGUCCCGUGCUCUUCUAUAAUGAAUACAUUAUCGGUGCCAAUAAGAUUAAAUACUGCGAUGAGUUUAACGACAUUGUCUGCUGUCCGCUGCCGCUAAAUGCACAAAAACGAGUGAUAACGCAGGCCAAACCAAUAAAGCUAUACGAAAAGGAGUGCCGUCGCUACAAUGACGUUCGACCCACCUGCCGCUUUACGCCACUCAUUGUGGGUGGCACCGAGGUGAAGGGUCGCGAAUUUCCCUUCAUGGCACUGCUGGGCACACGAAACCCGGGCAGCUCCGCCAUUAGCUGGGAAUGUGGUGGCACUCUAAUCCAUCCCAAGUAUGUGCUGACGGCUGCCCAUUGCCUGGAGACUGCCGAGACAAAGGAGCAGCGCUUAGAUCCCAAUUUCAAGUCCCCGAAAUUUGUUGUUCGCUUAGGUGAAUUGGACUACAACAGCACCACAGACGAUGCCCAGCCACAAGACUUCCAGCUAGUCAACUAUGUGGUGCAUCCAGACUAUGCAGACGAGGACGACGGCAGCCGCUACAAUGACAUUGCGCUGCUUGAGCUGGACCGAAAUGCCACGCUGAAUGAGUAUGUGGCGCCCGCCUGCCUGCCGUCCAACAGCGGAGAUGAGCAGCUCGAACUGACUGCCGCCGGCUGGGGCUAUACCAAAAAUGCGGGCGACAAAUCCUCGCAGCUGCUGCGGGUGGGCCUGAAACGCUAUAGCGAUCAAGUGUGCAGCGAGCGACUCGAAAGUCGCAUUGUAUCCCGCACGCAGUUCUGCGCUGGCUCCGGUUCGAUCGACAGCCAUGCAGACACCUGCAACGGCGACUCUGGCGGACCCAUCUUCGUGCAGCAUCCGGUCUACAAUUGCCUGAAGCAGGUAAUUGGCGUCACCUCCUACGGCGUCAUCUGUGGCAAUCACAAAUUUCCCAGCGUCUAUACCAAAGUGCAUCUCUAUACGGACUGGAUCGAAAAUAUUAUCUGGGGAGAGUGAUUCAUAUUCAAUUCAUUCUCGGCUGAGCCCCGAACGAAUACUUUUUCUAUUGAGAAGCAUUCGACAGAUUAACUUCAUUUAAAAUUAUCAUUUUGAUAUAUUCAUCAUUUAGAUUAAAAUUAAGUAAUGCAUUUAAUAUUAUAAAAUUUUUAAAAAUACCCCAUUUAAAAGUUAUUGUGUCUUAUAAAAUUAUAUCAGCACGGAGUCAAGAGAUAGAACGA